GCUUUGGUUGGAGAGAAGGCUUGUUAUCAGUCCAUCAGUAGCUAUGGUGGUCAGAUCUUUUAUUUGGGAACAAAAUCUGUUUAUGUGAUGAUUCUGAGGAGCUGGAGAGAGAGAGUGGAUCAUCUUCUGAAACAAGAUUGUCUUACAGAAGCCUUGGCUCUUGCAUGGUCUUUCCAUGAAGGAAAAGCAAAAGCAGUAGUGGGAUUAUCAGGGGAUGCCAGUAAGCGAAAGGCCGUUGUUGCAGAUCGGAUGGUAGAAAUCCUAUUCCAUUAUGCAGAUCGAGCUCUGAAAAAGUGCCCAGACCAAGGAAAAAUUCAAGUGAUGGAGCAGCAUUUUCAG